AUGAGUGAGCGAAAAGUUUUGAAUAAAUAUUAUUCGUCCAAUUUCAAUCCAUCGAAGAUACCUUGUGUUAAACGUAAAGAGAAUAAUUCCUUUGAAGUCCGUUUAAUGGUUCCAUUUCACAUCAGAUGCGAAACCUGUGGUGAAUAUAUCUACCGAGCUACAAAGUUGAAUGCUCGCAAAGAAGAUGCCAUAGGAGAAACCUAUUUGAAUGACAUUCAAAUCUAUCGGUUCUAUAUAAGAUGUACGAAAUGUUUACGUGAGAUCACUUUUAAAACUGAUCCGAAAAACAAUGAUUAUGAGUUAGAGCAUGGUGCUACACGACUCUUCCAACCGACUCGUUCAACACCAGAUGAAAAAGAAGAUCUGGAUCGUAUGAUGCUAUUAGAAAAACGCACACGUGACUCACGACGAGAAAUGGCUGAUAUUCAAGAACUAGAAGACAUCAUCGAGUUCAAGAAUCGACGCGCAAAUAUUGAUCUUGAACAAAUUUUAAAUGAAAAACAUAACCGACAAAAACAAUUUGAACAAGAAGAAGAUGAAGCUGAAAGCCGUCAAGCAUUCAAUAAAUCCGUCAGUUCGCCUGAUCAAGAUGAUAUUCAAUCCGAAGAAGUUUUAAUGCAUAUCAAAAAACGAAAAACGACAAUUUCAUUUGACCAAUCAAAUAACACAAAACAAAAAGCUCGAAAAGAGAUUUCAUCGAUGAUAAUUCGCAAGAAACCAGCAUCGAUCACAAAAAACAUCCAUUAA